UGAAUCAACGAACAAACAACAAUGGCCCGUACCAAGCAGACAGCACGUAAAUCUACCGGAGGAAAGGCUCCUCGCAAGCAGCUUGCCACCAAGGCAGCUCGCAAGUCCGCCCCAGCCACCGGCGGAGUCAAGAAGCCCCAUCGUUACAGGCCCGGAACCGUCGCUCUCCGUGAGAUCCGUCGCUACCAGAAGAGCACCGAGCUGCUCAUCCGCAAGCUCCCCUUCCAGCGUCUGGUCCGUGAGAUCGCUCAGGACUUCAAGACCGAGCUCCGAUUCCAGAGCUCUGCCAUCAUGGCUCUUCAGGAGGCUAGCGAAGCCUACUUGGUCGGUCUUUUCGAGGACACCAACCUGUGCGCCAUCCACGCCAAGCGUGUCACCAUCAUGCCCAAGGACAUCCAGCUGGCCCGCCGUAUCCGUGGCGAGCGUGCUUAAAUAUAUUGUCUUCAUUUGAUGAUACGUUUAUCAAAACGGCUCUUUUCAGAGCCACCAAAACUCCAAGAAAGAUUCAAUUCAUAAGCUCUGUAUUCAUGGUAUUUCUUAUUCAAUUUCAGCAUAGGCCUACCACACAUCCUUCAAAAAUGAGUGGAGAAUGGUCUAGCACGUACAUUUCAUAACUCAUACUCCUAGAUUAGCUUAAAUUUCAGAUUUGCUUAGAGACUUGGAAAAGUUGGAGCAAGCACUAACCUUAAAUUGUCUAGUCUUAUCUUGUUUGUCUUUUUUCUCCUGCUUUUACACUCGAAU